AUGGCGCCAUACAUCAAUGACACCGUGGAGCAGACUUAUGGCGACUGGCGCGAUGAGUUCUAUGAGAAGGGCUACAUUGUGUUGAAAGGUGCGGUACCACAGGAAAACGCGCUCAAUUAUCGUAACAAGAUGAUGAGCUGGCUCGAAUCGUUCGAUAACGAUUUCGAUAUCAAAAAGCCAGAAACGUGGACGAAGGAGAACCUACCUCAAAGUUUCAAGAAUGGGAUGUAUCUGAACUACUGUGCUGCUCAUGAGAAGUACGUUUGGGAAGCAAGGCAAGAACCAGGCGUCCUGUCUGCCUUCGAGAAGCUAUGGGGUACCAACGAGCUUCUCGUUUCUUUCGAUACCAUCAAUUUGACUCUGCCAAAUGCUGGUAGUAUGGGAGGCUCAAAACCAUGGCCUCAUGUAGAUCAAGCUCCAGAGAGAAAGGGUCUGAGUUGUGUGCAAGGCAUCAUCAACCUAUCCGAAGCCGGACCUGAUGAUGGCGGUCUCGUGGUCAUGGAAGGCAGCGCGAAGCUUUUCGACAAAUUUUUCCAAGAGCAUCCUCCGGACCGGACAAAAGGGCCAUUGGCUGCGCUUCAUUACGAUUUCUAUCCCUUCCAGCCCUCCGAUGUGAAGUGGUAUGAGCAGCAAGGAUGCAAAUUGGUGAAGGUGUGCGCAGAGCCAGGCGACCUGAUACUCUGGGACUCGAGGCAAAUGCAUUACGCAGUUUAUCCAACCACUGACACAAUCCGAACGAUCAUCUACGCGUGUUACACUCCUGCAAAUUUGGCUUCCCCCGAAGAUUUGCAAAAGAAGAAAGAGAUUUUUGAAUCUGGAAAAGCUAUGAUUGACGGAAAAGUCGAUCCCAUGGAACGGACAGAGCCGUUGGAGAAGCCUGAGAUGACCGAUAAAUUGCUCAAACUAGCCGGUGUCAAGGCAUAUUGA